CGAUCCAAUGCGACUCUGAGACCAUCUCAUUCAUAUCUACCAGUAAUAUAUACUCCCCGACCGUCCCCUCCAUAAGUAAAGUAAAACUAGCCCGGAACGAGAAAAUGGAAGGAAGUAUAGAGCUGGUUUUCAUUCCCGCCCCUGGAAUGGGCCACCUCAUCUCCGCCAUCCAAAUGGCCAAGCUCCUCCUUCAGAAACGCGGCAGCGAUGAUCUCUCUAUCUCUGUAUUGAUCAUGAAACCUUCCCUCGAUUUCAAGCUUAACUCUUAUGUCGAAUCACUUCUUGCAGCCCACGACGAACUGUCGUCGUCCAAAUUGAAGUUCGUGCCUCUCUCUGCUUCCACGGCGGCGGAUAACACCAACAAGGCCGCCUACUACCGUUCCCUCAUCGAGUCUCACAAGCAAAGCGCGAGUGAAGCCGUCCGCGAAAUCCAGACCCGGACGGCUUCUGGCGGCACAAGGCUCGCCGGCAUUGUUGUGGACAUGUUUUGUACGGACAUGAUGGACGUGGCCGACGAGUUAGGAAUCCCGGCGUACGUGUUCUACACUUCCGGCGCCGCCAUGCUCGGACUCCAUCUCCAUCUUCAGGAGCUCAGGGACGUCCAUGGAAAAGACAUCACUGAGUUCAAGGAGUCGGACUCAGAUCUGGAAGUCCCGACUUAUUCCACACCUUUUCCGGUAAAGUUUCUACCGGCGAAUACGCUGAGCAAGACCGGCGGCGAAUCCGACCGGUUUUUGGAUAUUGCCAAGAGAAUCCGAGAGGCGAAGGGCAUAUUCGUCAACACGUUCCUCGAGCUUGAGCCGCACGCGCUCAAAUCCCUAUCCAAUGUAGAAGCAAUGGGGAGGAUCCCGCCGGUGUACCCAGUGGGACCCGUACUCAACUUGCAAGGCGAAAAGAACGGAGAGUCCGACAAAGAAAUAUUUGAAUGGCUUGACAGCCAAAAGAAGUCGUCCGUCGUCUUCCUCUGCUUCGGAAGCGGCGGCAGUUUCACGGAGGAGCAAGUGAAGGAGAUCGCCCACGCUCUUGAGCGUAGCGGGCAGAGGUUCUUGUGGGCCCUGGUGAAGCCAACGCCAAAAGACGCCGACCUCGACAAAUCGAAAGACAUCCUGCCGAAAGGUUUCUUAGAAAGGACAAAAGGCAUUGGAAAAGUGAUCACCGGAUGGGCGCCGCAAGCCGCCAUUCUAUCUCACGCCGCCGUGGGGGGCUUCGUGUCGCACUGCGGGUGGAAUUCGACUCUGGAGAGUGUCUGGUUCGGAGUUCCCAUGGCGGCUUGGCCGAUUUACGCAGAGCAACAGGCGAAUGCAUUUCAAUUGGUGAUGGAUGUUGGAAUGGCAGUGAAUCUUAAAUGGGAUUACAAGAAAGCUCUAACAUCUGAUAAAACUCCCGAGAUAGUGAAAGCAGAGGUGAUAGAAGCGGCAGUCAGAAAGCUUAUGGCCCGCCAUUCGGAGGUGAGGGAUAAGGCUAAAAAACUUAAACAGAAGAGUAGAGAGGCAGUGUUUGAGGGUGGCUCCUCCAACAUUCUUCAAUCUUUCUUCCUUGAAGUCUUUAACAAAGAUCUCAAAGUUAAAGAAACAAGUGAUGCUAUAGGCAAAACUUCAGAGUUGGGCUGGGAAGAGGUCAAAAAACAAGUUUUACAAUUAAGAGAGAAUAUUAUGACUGUUCGUCGUGAAGUUAAUGAGUUGCAAGUUGCACUACAAUAUGAAAUUCAAGAAAGGAGGAAUUAUAUUUCGUUCACGACAAUUGGAAUAGUGUUGGUUGUGGUAGCAAUGGCUAUAAGGUAUUACCGUGUACCAUAAGGAGAUAACUACAUUGUAAUUGUGUAGUUCUUGUAACUACGUAUUGAAGUAACCAUAUACGAUAAUGUAAUCUGCAAUUUGAAUGUAUAAAUUUCAAGGUUUAUUUAAGUAAGUUUUAUGUGUACAUAAUUUGUUAACGCACUUGUAAAAAACAUAUUCAUUGAAAU